GGUUAUAGUACGGUACUACAGUUAUAGGACGGCACUGAACAGGCAUUUAUAGUCGAUUUCAUCACCGGGAAAUACAAAUUUGGAAACAAAAUUGAAUUAUUGAGGAAUCGCCAUUAAACAAGUUUGCAGGUCUAAUUUCUAUUGAUUGAUUUUCAUAAAAGGAAUGGCAACUCCAGAGAAUGACUUAGUCCCCAGCAUCAGUCCAGCCAAUGGAGGAAGGAGCUCUGGGUUGAGACAUUCCCGGGCUACACCGGAACUAAUGAAUGUUAGUCCGUUAUCACAGGGUACUCCUCUUACGGCAAGCCAGGAACCAUCGCUAGAAGACUUGCUCAGAAAAAGAGAAUGGCUGUAUUCACAAAGGAACCAGCUUAAGUCUGAGUUACAUACAAUUCAAUCAGAGGCUGCAAGAAACAUUGACACAAUGACUGCUAACCAACUUAGAAACCUAUAUGAUCAGUUGAAAGAAGAUUUACUACAACACAGCACAUUAAAUGAUGGAAGAGAACUUAUACUGAAAGGAGAAUGUUUGAAUGAGGUGACAUUAUCUGUUCUUCAAUGUAAACUCACUGGCCACGAUGACUCAGAAACUUUAGAAAAGAAAAGGGAACUGGAAACUAUUUUAGAUGAGUAUACAACACUGGCGUCUCAGGUAGCAAAAGAACACAAGGAGAACUCCAGUCUGAGAGAAAACCUUGAGAAACUAAAACUGGAAAAUUUUA